GAGAGAGAGAGAGAGAGAGAGAGAGAGAGAGAGAGAGAGAGAGAGUUGUUGUGGGAACAGAGAAGUGUUUAGUGUAAGUGUGUCGGGAGCGAGAGCUAGAGACACAAACUGGACUUACACAACAUGCGCCACUGCAUUUAAACCACCAAAGUUUUGCACUUAAUUCAACUUGCAAAGGAGUUGGAUUUUUUUUUUCCCUGCACAUAAAAUAUACAAUGCGGCAUGAUCUUCCAGCUGACUAGUAGCUUACUUCCAGUGGAGUUCCAGUGAUCUGACGCGCACACGGAUGAUGAUGUUCUCUUGCGACCUGCGCGCUUUGCGCUCACUAUAAAUCUCGGGCUGAAGUGGAUCUUUAUUACCGUUUCCUGUGUGUUUCCCCCCAGAGGAGACUCCGUGUUUUUUGGGCCGCAGAGCGCACAGAGGAGAGAUGGAUGUCGGAAUGAGGCAGACGCACAGCACCUCGGCAGGAGUCCACCUACUGCUGGCACUCACAAUGAUCGCCUGUAACUCUCACCUUCUGGUGCAGGCCAACUCGUGGUGGUCUUUGGCCAUGAACCCUAUCCAGAGACCAGAAAUGUACAUCAUAGGCGCACAGCCUCUUUGCAGCCAGCUUACAGGUCUGUCUCAGGGCCAGAGGAAGCUGUGCCAGCUCUACCAGGACCAUAUGGUGUACAUCGGCGAAGGCGCAAUGACGGGCAUCAAGGAGUGCCAAUAUCAGUUCAGACAGAGGAGGUGGAACUGCAGCACGGUGGACAACACGUCUGUAUUCGGCCGCGUCAUGCACAUAGGCAGCAGGGAAGCAGCGUUCACAUAUUCUAUCAGCGCUGCCGGGGUGGUAAACGCUGUGAGUCGAGCAUGCAGGGAAGGCGAGCUCUCGACGUGCGGAUGCAGCCGAGCCUCUCGACCCAAAGAGCUGCCGAGAGACUGGCUGUGGGGCGGCUGUGGGGACAACGUCAACUACGGAUACCGCUUCGCUCGGGAGUUUGUGGAUGCACGAGAGCGUGAGAAGAACUACGCCAAGGGCUCCAUAGAUCAUGCACGCACCCUGAUGAACCUGCAGAACAACGAGGCUGGACGAAUGGCGGUGUACAAUCUGGCCAAUGUGGCGUGUAAGUGCCAUGGCGUCUCCGGUUCCUGUAGUCUAAAGACGUGCUGGUUACAGCUGGCAGACUUCCGGCGUGUAGGUGAGUUCCUGAAGGAGAAGUACGACAGCGCUACGGCCAUGCGCAUCAACCGGCGCGGCAAGCUGGAGCAAGUGAACCAGCGCUUUAACGCUCCCACCACCGAGGAUCUGGUGUACAUCGACCCGAGCCCAGAUUACUGUCUGCGCAACGAGAGCACAGGCUCGCUGGGAACGCACGGCCGUCUCUGCAACAAGACCUCGGAGGGCAUGGACGGCUGCGAGCUGAUGUGCUGCGGCCGCGGAUACGACCAGUUCAAGACCUACAAGCACGAGCGCUGCCACUGCAAGUUCCACUGGUGCUGCUACGUCAAGUGCAAGCGUUGCACGUCGCUCGUCGACCAGUUCGUCUGCAAGUAACCGAGACGCUCGUUAGAGACACGCUGAGCAAUUAGCAGGCGAGAUGGGGGACGGACCUUCUGGAGCACAGAAGGAGUAAAAUGUACUCAAACGCUAAAUCAAAAAAUCCAAAGAAAUGUUUAAAUAUAGGUAUUAAUUAAGUGUGGUGGAUGGUGAUUGUUUUUCCAACGCUUUCACUCAAGAGGAAUAGACGAGGUAUGAUGUCAGGGGGGGGUUUUGCUUUCCCUUUGGUAGAGUCUCAUGAGUACGAAACUCUCUACAGAAGCAGAUUUAUCACGCUAGUAAUCCAGUAAUCCAGCAUGCUGCUCCGCCUACUCCUCUCUCACGGACGCUCUCUAAACCUCCCCUUGCGACAGAGCUCUUAAACUCCUCGGGUCAGCCCCCUGACCUCGAACGAUGGACUUUGGAUGAUGUCGUGUGUGAUGACCUGUGAAACUUAUGUUGCUAGAUCAAGCAUUUAUAGUCACCAAAACCUCUGACCUUACCCUGAUGAUUUAAAAUCACCGCCAGACUCUUUUCAGCUCGCUUCACUGUGAACUCUUGUGACGUUCAGAGCCCGUGACGGUCUUCUCUCUCAGCGUCACCUCGAGGAAUUUCAUCUCCUCCGAAUGGCUCAAAACACCGAGCCACAUAUUCAGAUUUUAAAUAAAGAGCAAAGGAGAAAAAAAUGGGGCUUUAUGGUGAGGACUGCAAAAUAAUAUUUUAGCCAAACAACAGUGGUUCAGAUUAUAUUUUAUUAAUUGCUUGUUAUGUUAAACAUCGUAUGUAUUGUUCUGAUUAUUAUUUUUUGAUACAGAGGCUUCUACUGUCGAGUUUUUAUUAGCAGGGGCGAUGUGACUUGCCACAGAGGAUGAUUUUUUUUUUAGUGAAACUGCCAAAAAUUUGUAAAUAACAGUCAAUGUAUGCAAAUUACAUGCCAUGAUUACAACAUCCAUGAUUUUAUAUGUUAAUCCAGAUCGUUUGCUGCCUAUCGACCAUAUGCUUGUUGUCUGUAUGUAUUUUCUCCCCAUCAUUCAAACCAGUAAUAUUAAAAAUAUUAAUAGAGA